GUUCCCGAAGCUGAGAAGGAGGAACCCGAGCAGGGUCUGACGAGGAAGAGGCGUCAUUCGACCUUGGGCUCCACUUCGACCUCGGCCCUGGAUAGACUGAUCCACGCUGACCCUUGCUCGGAUGUUCCGCUGAAACGGAUCCCCGAGGAGGUAAGGGAAGCGAUGGCUCGCUAUGCCAGAGCUCCGGUUUUGGGGGAGAACCCCAUGGCUCACGUGGGAUCUUUGGUGGGUCCCGAAGCUGCACGGGAGAAUCUUCUUCGGGCCAACCCGCAGUGGAGGGUUCCUGGAGCUGAGGAGAGGAACCCAGCUAUGAUGGCCCAAUAUUAUCUGAAUGAGCUCGGUUGAGGAAAGGCAGCUGAGGAGGUAUCAGGAGGCUUAUGCUCGUGAUAUCCCUGUCUUGGACCAGAAGGCUGGGCAGCUCAUGGCCGAGAUGGUGGACCUCAAGCAACUGUACCUUCAGUACAGUCGUGAGGCUAGGGAAGCGGCGGAACAGAUCGGGGCCGAAGUUGGGAGGCUCACUUUCCAAGUUGAAGAGGAUGCUGAAAAGAUAGCUUCCUUCGACAGGGAGAGGAGAGAAAUGGCUGCCAAGUUUGCGAGCGAACUUGAAGAAAAAGACAGUCUUCUCAAGGAGAUGACGUCUAAAUUUGAGGCGGCCAUUAAGCAGAGCCAGGAAGCGGAGGCGAGGCUUCAGCAGUUUAUCAAGCACCGGGAGAUUGUUCAGAAUCAAGCUGACAAGGUGCCCGUUCUCCAGCUGAAGAUCCGAGAGAAAGAUGCUGCCAUUCGGAAGUUGGAGCAAGAGAGAGUUGACCUCUACACUGCUGAUCAGUGUAGAGAGCAAUACUGGAAUGGCAUCCUGGGUGCUCGGCGGAUGUUCGCGAAGCACAUGCCUCAUUUCCCUUGGAAUGAGAAGGUUCCGCUCUGGAUGAGGGCCCAGGAUCACUUGGUGGAGUGCCAGGCCGAUCGAGACGAAGCUGAAGCUGAACGCCAAGCUGCUCUUGCAGAGGCUCGGGCCCAGAAGGCGGCUUCCGAAGGUGAUACUACUGCUGGGGGUUCUUCGAAGGAUGCUCCUCUGGGGGAUGCUCCUGAGACUCCCAAGAGCUAGGGAUUCGGGCAGUCGUCUUCUUCAGAGUCGGUCGGUUCCAGUUGAGGACUUCCGAACAUGUGCUUGCCUUUCCCCCCUUUUGCCUCGGCGCUGCGUUGUACUUAUUUCUUUUUUGUUUUCUUUAGUACUUCGGUAGGCCGGUAUUGUCUGUUGAUGGCUGCCGAUUUUAACUUGUUUCAUUUUGUUUUCAAUUUUUGAGGUUUUUCGAUGUAUUUGUACUUCCCCCAAAUAUUGAAUAAAAAAUGAAUGUUUGUUACUUGGCUGCUUCUUUUCAACUUGUUCUUUCGCAAUUUUUAGGUCUUUAGAUCCGUAGAUUUCUCGAGCUCCUCUUUC